CGUCAGCUGGUCACUGAAAAUCUCUUUACAUUUAGGAAAAAAGAUAUCGAGUGCUCGCGUACCUAAUAUCGGCUCUAGGACCAAUUGUGAGUUCUAUUAAGCUAUAAUGCCGGGCGCCAGGCAUAAAAUCCUGGGUCAUGUCCUAUCAGGAUUUUGUCACAAAAUGAACAGACGUAAGCCUCUGUAUGGAGAUUGCCUAGAUACACCUCUGAACAGAUGUCUCACUACGUUUGAUAUCACCUUAUUAGGUAUUGGACAUAUGGUAGGAGCUGGAAUUUACGUUUUAACAGGAACAGUAGCAAAGAACAUGGCAGGGCCAGCGACUGCGCUCAGUUUUCUUUUAGCUGGUAUAACUUCGACACUAGCUGCUCUUUGUUACGCGGAAUUUGGAACUAGGAUACCUAGAGCGGGGAGUGCUUACGCAUAUACGUAUGUUAGCAUUGGAGAAUUUUGGGCCUUUAUUAUUGGAUGGAACAUUGUGCUUGAAUACAUGAUUGGUGCUGCUUCAGUCGCUCGGGCUUCAUCGGGUUACCUUGACGCUCUAUUACACGGAGCCAUUAGUAACGCUACAACAUCAGUGACGGGCGAGCUACACGAAACUCUUUUAAGCAAAUAUCCCGAUAUUUUAGCAUUUCUUAUUUGUAUCAUAGCUUCCCUUAUUCUCGCCGUAGGCGUAAAAACAUCAGCGUAUAUAAAUAACGGUCUGACUAUCUUAAAUCUCAUUGUCAUAUCUCUUGUUAUUUUCCUAGGUUUCUUCUACGCAGAUCUUAGCAACUGGUCUGACAUUCACGGUGGUUUCAUGCCAUAUGGUAUAAGUGGAGUUCUAACCGGUGCUGCUACUUGUUUCUAUGCAUUUGUCGGUUUCGAUAGCAUUUCAGCGUCUAGUGAAGAGGCAAAAGAUCCCACUCGAUCCAUUCCGACAGCUACUAUUUUAUCUAUGGGUGUAGUUGGCAUCGGGUACAUUCUUGUUGCCCUUGCUCUUACACUUAUGGUACCCUAUACACAAAUUGACGUUGAUGCCGCCUUGCCAAAAGCUUUUGAAGCCGUUCAUGCUAAUUGGGCUAAAUAUGCAGUGGCUGUUGGCGCCAUUUGCGGAAUGACCACCACGUUAUUAGGAUCUCUGUUUUCCCUACCUCGAUGUCUCUAUGCGAUGUCGGCUGAUGGUUUGUUGUUCGGUUUUCUUAGCGAUAUGAGUAACAAAUCGCAAAUACCAGUUUCCAACCUUAUUAUAUCAGGAAUCUCAUCUGCUUUGAUUGCUCUUCUGUUUGAUUUAGAGAAACUUGUAGAGUUUAUGUCUAUUGGUACAUUAUUAGCGUACACUAUAGUGAGUGCUGCUGUUAUAAUCCUUCGAUAUAGACCAGCACCUCCAACUGAAGACAAAGACUUCGGUAUUCCUCAACUAGAAUCUCCAGGAGAUCGUGAAGACAGUUCGGCAACGGGAACGCCUGGAACAGAUGCUGGAUCUUCUUCAUCAGAGAUGUUCGAAGCACUAACAGUUGGCCGUCUCCGACCACAAUAUGCCUGGCUGGAACCACUAGUAGGGGGCAGAUCUCCUGGCACUGCAGUUACCAGCUGUGUCUAUGUGUUCACUGUUGCUACUGCCAUACUAAGCGCCCAUAAUCGUCUCGCUGAACAUAAAUUAGUGAUGUGGACAAUAAUACCCGAUGUUGUGCUGAGCCUAAUUAUAAUUGGAUGCCUCUUCAUUAUUUGGGCCCAUCAACAGAGUCCAAUUCGUCUACCAUUCCGGGUGCCAUAUGUCCCGCUUCUACCAGCCGCCAGUGUCAUGCUCAACGUUGAACUUAUGAUAAACCUUAACAUUCUAACUUGGGCGAGAUUCGCUAUCUGGAUGACAAUUGGUCUCCUACUAUACUUCUUGUACGGAAUCCAUCACAGCAAACUAGGCGAGGGUGUGACCGGUCUUUUAUCUCGCUCCUAUAGCGGAAACCAUACUGGUUGGGGCGCAGUGGACAAAACAAGCACUUUAGCCCGGCGUGUGGGCAGAUUAGGACGAGGCAGCCGCAGUGACGACCGCAAACCAAUUAUUUGUGACGACGAACUCGCAAGACGGGAGCCGUGAUUUUAAAUGGACGUUGAAACUGGUUGGGAUUUCAAAUUGAGACCAGGAUUUCAUUAGUUUGGUAUCUAGGUAACACUGAAAAUCUUUAGAAAAUGAAAAACAGCUUCAUGUAGAAAGUUGCCAAUACUUUUAUUGUUUUUCGAAGACAUCUUCGUUCCUCUCUUCACAUCGUCGCAUUCGAUGGAAACACUGAGAAAAGUAGUGGGCCCAUUCUUCCUUAGGGGUCUCUUCUAUGGCAUUUUCGUACGCUUUCACCGCAUCUGUAGGGCUCGUAAAGCUAAUAUCUCGAAUUUUUUUUUCUUUUCUUGAGUAUAAAUGAGUCACAGGGUCCAGGUCAGGACAGUAUGGCGGAUGACUCAUUCACAUCUCGACGCCUGCCAUAGUCAAAUAUACACCAGUCCAUACGAAGGCAUUUUUGGUCGUCGGUUAAAGUAUGGGGAAUCCAUCUGGUACAAAGCUUCCUGACGCCUAAAUGUUUGUGUAAUAUUUUUGACCUUUAUUCACACCAAUGCCCAGGCUUGCCCGUAUCUGCUGAUGGAUCACUCUCUUAUCUUCCUCUAUCAUGGGUCGCACAUCGCACAGCACUGAUGUUAUCUUUAGUAGUCGCUGUUAAAGGACGUCCCUCACGCGCAUCAU